AUGAACCAAGUUGUCAUUGACCGGAUCGACCCUCUCGUCAAUCCAGGCCAGGUCCCCUCGCCGCACGUCCAUCAAAUCGUCGGGGGCAACGCCUUCAACGUCACCAUGCCCACCGACGAUGUCUCGCAGCACGCCAGCUGCACGACCUGCCAGUUUGCCGACGAUUUCUCGAACUACUGGACCGCAAACUUGUACUUCAAGGCCCGCAACGGGAGCUACAAGCGUGUUCCCCAGGGCGGCGCUGCUCUCCAGUUUAACGACCGGGUUCAGCACCCAGACCCAGGGUGGUAUCCUGGUCUACUACGUCUCGGCCCAACCGGGCAAGAUCACGGCCUUCAAGCCGGUCAGUUCCUCCCCCCCCCCCCCCCCCAGAUGCUUGGGGACGGCAAAAACCUCGACACGGCCCCAACCACCCAAGACCACGUAGCCUACCCAACCUCCGGCCCCGCCAACUUCCUCUCCCUCGGCGGCAACUGCCCGGCCUCCCACCCAGUGCGCAUCCCCCAGCUCAUGUACGAAGUUGUGUGGGACACGACGCCCUUCAACAACAAGGCGGAGUGGCCGGCGGACGGCUCGCAGCCGUUCGUGCUCAGCACGGGCGACCCGACGGGGCUCGGCCAGCACGGCGACUACGUGUUCGGGUGGAAGGACGACUCGCUGCAGCGCGCCAUGGACACCUCCGGCUGCUUCGGCGCGCAGUGCGCGAGCCUGCGCACCCAGAAUAUCGAGACGGCGCGCGCGUGCGCGGUCAAGCAGGCGGCGCGGGAGGAUUAUGAUAAGUGGCUUCCCCAGCUCCCUGGCAUGAGCAUGUAA